AUGCGUGGAGCGUGCGACAGCAAGCUACAGCAACGUCAACAACUUCUACUACAUCUUAGUGUAAAUACACCUCAGCAGCAGCAUCAGCAAGAACAACACAGCAACAGUCACAACCGCAGCAACAUAUCAUGUAGGGAUUUGGAAUUUAGUUUGAGCAUGGACAGCAAGGCAGGCCCACCGGUCACCUUCACCUUUCUUGCAGCCAGUCUGCAAGAGAAAAAUGCUUGGUGCAGUGACAUUUCGCAGUGCAUAGAAAACCUUCAUUAUGGUGGGAUGAUGGUUAACAUUUAUGAAAAUUCCAGCACUACCUCCUCAUCCUCCUUGUCAUCAUCAGCAUCAGCAGCAACAACAACAUCUCAAACAUUUAAGUACUUACCUGACCCGCGCCUCUUCAAGGAUGACGUAGACAUCAAAUUCAGCAGGUCACUCAACACCUGUAAAGAGCCGCAGAUUCGCCAGGCCACUGUGAACCGACUGCUGGAUCGACUAACCGACUUACGGUUCUUCAGUUCGGACUUCUUGAAUACUUUCCUAACUACUUACAGGGUCUUCACCACUUCAGCAAUCAUCAUCGACGCGCUCAGGAAAAUUUACAGAAAUCCCGAAAUUGGAAACCUGCAAGUUACUGCCUGUCCGACCAAUCAACACAGAGAUAGAUGUUCGCUGGACUGGCGGCUUGGUGACGAGCAGAGCGAAUUGAAGCAACAACAUCAGCAGCAUCAACGAACUUGCUUCAGUGUUGACGCAACUACACAACCGAACAAAAAACAGUUGCUGAUCAUUCAACAUCAUCAUAUCGCCAUGCAGCAGCAACAACGUCAAACUGUUCAACAACAAUUUCAACAUCCGAACACGCUCGAUAAACCACAGUUUGACAAAUUAAGGAGAGUAAGCACGGGCAGCAUGAAAGCAUCAACAUCAGCAGAGGAAGGAACGAAUCCUUACAAAGACAGCAACUGCAACAAAGGCAGCAGCAAAAAAAUGUUGACGGCGAAAUUAAGUAAUGGAGAUCGAAUUAUAUCUGAGAAAACGUCUGGUGCUUCAAAACAAUUUCAUUCGCAACAACCACAACUACAACAGCCACAACUACAACAGCCACAACUACAACAGCCGCUACUACCAAUGCUACAAUCACAGCAACAGCAAGAGCGCAUUGUAUUGCAAGAAAAACCAACAUUGCUUCUAGAAAAAAACAUUUCAAUUUCUGAAGACACGACAAAGCAAUCGAAGAUACCGUGGAAAGAUUCAAAAAUGCAUCUGGAACAACAACAACAGCAGCAAUGCAAAGUUACUUUAGCGCUACCUCGGUCCAAAAAGUUGGCUCCCAUAGCCUCGUGUGAGACUUUGUCUGGUAGUUUGGAUUUUGCAGACAGCAGCAACUAUUACAGCAGCAGCAACAAUAAUAGCAACCAAGACAGCAUCAGUAGCAGCAUUGCCAGAAGAAGCGACGAAGACGGCAAACUUUUAUUAGACGAGAGAGUUGGAGCAAGAAGUUGGAGCAAAGAAAGAAUGCGAUCAAUUGAAACGCCAUCAUCAGCUGAAGAACCACCAGCUGAUGACGUACCUGCCUUUCCCAACCAAUCACAGAACAACACGACAAUAACAUCAGCCAAUGACAUUAGCGCAUUUUCAUCUAAGACAUUUUCUCCUUGUUUGCAAAGAAACAGUGCAGACGGAAAUGAAUCAGUUCUUGCUGCUGCUGCUACUAAUACUACAAAUGGCGAUCUUAAGAGAGAUUUCAUUAACUUAACCAACCUUGAAGAUGUUGAAACUCAAGCAAAAAGACAGCGUCAGUUUCGACAACAACAUCAACAACAUCAACAUCAACAACAUCAACAACAUCAACAGUUAUUAAAUAACGACAAUUUUCAAUUUGAACAUCAGCUUAUAAAACAACAAAAGCAACUUCAGCGUCAGCAACAACAACAACAUCAUCAUCAUCAUCAUCAUUUCUUACAACGACAAGAUGUUACUUUCCACGAGUUCAUUGAAUCGUCUUCUUCAUCGUCAGCAGCAGCAGCAGCAACAAGCUCGAGUACUUCACAACGACAGCAACAAUAUUUAAGAGAACUUGCACAAGAACUACAGCCUUCCUUCUCUUACGACACAUGUUUCGAAGACAAACAACAACCGCAAACAGACGUACAUUCAACAUUUGAAUGCUCAAACUACAGAACAAUUCAACUAACGACAACAUUCGACAACAACAACAUCUUUCUGGUCCCACAUUCUCCAAACUGUUUAUCAGUGUCGCCCACCCCAUCUUUUACUUCCUCGUCAGAAACACUAACAGGGUCUCGCCAGCAACUUUCAGCAUUCGACAGCAGCAACAACAACAACAACAACGCAGUUAUGGAAUGCCAACCACAACCACAUAAACCGAACAACGACAACAACGACAAAACUGAAUCCGAUUGCCAAAUAUCGUUAUCUACCUUUCCGACAUCAAUUGCUCUCUCUCCUUCCUUUCACAAAAAGUCCAUCGUCUCAAACAUCUGGGAUGGGUUGAAGGGAAAGAUCAGCAACAACUUCUUGCAACAUCAACAACAACAUCAACAACCUCAACAACAACCUCAACAACAAUCUCAACAACAACAACAUCUGUUGCCAAUGUCUAUCUUACAGCAGUCGAACAGCUCCUCAUCCUCACCAAUCUUCUGCCGCCGUCCCCAACGUCAACAUCAACACCGGGACUGCAACUUCUCGACCAUCUCUCUCAACAGUGACAACAUCAUGACGUCAUUAUCAUCAACCAUGUCCUCUUCUUCCUCUCCCCAUUCAUCAUCAUCUCCAAUCUUCUUCCACUCGCCUACAUCAUCUUUCUCUCAAGUCAAAAGGUCGAAAGCGUUUGGUUGUAGUAAAAGUUGUGAAAUGCAGUUGGAAGCACUUGCUCUUUCUCCAAUAAGUAGGUCAAAGUUCACUGCUGAAUCUAGGUCAAAUAAAAAACAACACAAACGACGAAACAAACAACAACAACAAUGUUUGUCACAAGAUUCGCAACACCAAAACUCAGCACCACUACAACAACAACAGCAACAGCAGCAGCAGCUACAACAGCAACAGCAACAACAACUGAAAAUGUCCUUACCUUCGACGUUUACUUUAGAAAAUAGAGAGCUACCUCGCCAGGGUCAUUUCAGUUUCUCGAUCAACCACAGCAACAACAUCAACAUCAACAAAUACAACAUCAACAUCAACAAAUACAACAUCAACAUCAGCAACAACAUCAACAACCACAUCGAUUGCAAAUGA